CCCCUUUUAAAUUUCAAUCCUUUCUUUAAUUAGAUUUCAAAGAGGCCUCCAAAGUUUUAACUUGUUAAACCCUAAACCCUUCCUCCCCCAUUAACUUAAUAUUUGGACUUUGAAGUUUCAGUUUUCCGGCAAAGUACGUCUACAAAAUGUCGGAGAUGGAUUUGGACUUGGACGGUCCAAGCAAAGUUCCGACUAGACAAUCCCGCUUUGCUCCCAAAAACUCCAAAUUAAAGCCCCAACCCAAAACUGAAACACUGCCACCAACUGAUUCGGCUAAAAAGGAAGAACUGAAUUCACAACUCCCACUAACAGAUCAUAUAACGGAAAACGGAGCGGCGAAGGUUAAGGAAGACAAUGUGGCAACGGUUAAAGAAGACAAUGUGGCAAUAUUUAAGGAUGAUGCUCCAUUGGACGGAGAGACUACAGGAGAUGAUCUGGUAGAAGAACAAUUCAUGACGGAAGGUGAUAGUAAUGAUGAUGAUGAAGUUGUUCGUGAAAUUGACGUGUGGUAUACACCUUCUUUUGAUCCUGUUAGUAAGCUAUAUGCAUUUCAGUAUCCAUUGAGGGCCGUAUGGCGUCCCUAUGAAUUGGAAGAAAGAUGCCAAGAGGUGAGGUUGAGAGCUUCAACUGAAGAAAUGGAGGUUGAUUUGGCAAUAGAUUUUGAUUCUAAUAAUUUCGAUAGAGACUCUGUCCAUGCAGCAACGAUGAAAAAGCAGACUCUAUCUACAUCAUGGAUGCCAUUACCAACUUGCACCUCUGGCUAUGCUGUUGGGAUCCUCAUUGGUGAUAAGUUACACCUCAAUCCUGUUCAUGCAGUUGUACAGCUGCGGCCAGCACGGCAGCAUCUUAAGGAAAGUGAGUUGAAGAAGAACAAUACCACCAGCAACGAUGAAAAAAGUGUUGAAAAUGAAGACGUCAAGGAGAAAAAGCCUGUGGCUCCAUCAAAGAUGCAGAACAAACCACCUGGGAACUACAAGGAUGUUGGAAAGGAUUGGUUACAUCUAAAAUACCAUGGGGCUAGGAGUGACAUUUCUGCCAGAUGUCUGCAGAAAAUGGCCAUGGAGGAAGGCUCCCAAGUACCAUUUUCAAUGAGCCCGGUUGAUUAUCUGAAUGCCUUGUGUCCUGGAAGACCAGCUGACACUGACAAAUACAAAAAUCUUAGAACAAGGUUGUCUCAGUUACCUCUUGAAGAUCGUGUUAAAACUUGGCUUCUUGAGGGACCUCCAAUUCAUCGUUUUGAUGCUCUAAAGCACCUAGCGCCAGAUACUACCGUUGAUGAGAUUUUGAGAGUCCUCCAACUAAGCGCACAGUUAGUUCAAGGAUUGUGGGUUCCAAAAAGUUCAUUGGUCUAUGGAAAAAAUAGUGGAAUUGAUGUUUUAGCGAGGGAUUUUGUUCUUUAUCAGUUCACCAAGAGUACCUUAAUUAAGAAGUCAGCUUUUGGAAGGAGGCCUGAAUUCAUUAAAGCUGCAACGCAAUCACUAAAAUCAUUAGCUAUUGAGAGGCCUGACCUGAAUGAUUGGAAGCUCAAAGAGCAUCCUGACAAGAAAUUUGAAAACCUUUACGGUGAUGUUGUGAGAGAGCAGCAAGCUACAUGGGAGCGUGUGGGGAAACAGAUUAAUGAUAUUUUGCCUGGAAACAAGCCUAUUAUGAAGAAUCCUUUAAACCCAAAGGAGGAGCACAGUUUCCCACAAAUUUUGAAGUCAUUUCCUCAAAAGGGAGCUCCAAAGAAAGCUACAACUGAAGCCGUUGGUGAUCCACCUCCAGAGGAGAAACAGGCAGUGAUUGAUCAGGUUGCUGUAAAUAUCCAUGGUGUCAAUGUUCUGAAGUCAUCGCCAGAUAAUCCACAGUAUGACGCGUUUAGGAAAGUUGUAAUUGAUCUUUUUAUGGCUAAAGGGCCGAGUGCAAAGCUAAAGAAAGCAUCUAUACUUGCAGCUGCCAACUUGCAACUGGGAAGGGAUGUCACCAUUGUUGAAUUUCAAAAGGUUAUGAAGGAACUAUGUCGUUCAGAUAAUGCAGCAUGGGUUUUGAAAAGUGAUGACGAGAAUCCACAAUAGUCUGCGAUCUUAAAUCCAAGUUGUACAGGUCCUGGGAAGUUCAAUGUUAGUUGCGGAAAUUCUCAAUACUGAGGAGGAAGUUGGGCUUUGUUUGAGGUUUCCCUUUACUCGUGAGAAGCAUAAUUGUUUAGUUUUCGGGUUAUACAAUGUCUCAGGUAUAUGGUUGAGCUGUUGGUAGGAAACGCCUUGCAUUGCAGAUCUGGAAGAAAGUUUACGAGAUAUCACGAAGAAAUUGAACAUAUAUAUAUAUAUAUAUAUAUCUUUACUGGUCUUAGGGAAGUUGAAGUAACACUCUCUUGGGCAAAGAAAUCUGUUUAUCUUUUUCCUGCUUCUUAUUGCCCUUUUUGUUCAAUCUUUUCAUUCAAUUUGUUUAAAUUUAUUGACCUCUUCAAGUUGUUCAAUUUAGUUCAUAUGAAUAGUACAACACCUUGGACUGACUAGCCUAUACUUCCAUUGAUUUUAUUACAAACAAUGGACAAUUUACAUUCAUUAGUCUUAUAAUUUUAGUUUUCAUCCUC